AUGGCGCAAAGUAAGAGCUUUUUCGAUGAUGUCAAGAAAGAAUUAGAAUGUCCUGUUUGUCAGGAGCAUUUUAGUCAAAUCAAUGAACCAAAAAUACUGAAAUGUCUCCACACGUUCUGCAAGACUUGCCUGGAAGGUUGGAUACGGCAGCACCGUGAAGGGCAGUUGAGUUGUCCGACAUGUCGUCAAAUCACCGAAUGUCCUAACAGCAACAUUAACAGCCUCCGAUCCAACCUUUUUUACAAGCAGAUGUUGGAAAUAGUGGAGGCUUACAGUGGCCAAGGGGAAGAAGAUUCGCCUCAAUGUGGAUUGUGCGGCGAAAAGAAACCUUUGAAAUUUUAUUGUUUUGAAUGCAACAGCUUUUUGUGCAAUGACUGCGUGGGCGUCCAUAAGAAAGGAAAAAUUUUCAGUGGCCAUCAUGUGAAAGAUAUUGGUAAUUUUGAGUCCAGCGAUAUGAAUGACUACGCUCGCAGGUCAAACUAUUGCAAAACGCAUAUAAAGGAGAUUCGGUUUUACUGCGAACGGUGCCAAAGUUGCAUUUGCAUUGAAUGCGCCAUAUUGGAGCAUCAGGAUCACAACAAGAUCUCGCUUGACCAGGGACUUGAAAACAUUAAGUCUGAAAUUGAUAUCAGAGUUCAUGUAGCUCAAGGAAACGGGUCUCGUUUGAGAAGUUACAAAGUCUCUCUAGAGAAAAGAAAAAUGAAGGUAAAUGGCAGUAUCGAAGAAGCGACAAAAGAAGUGAAGCGAGUAGCUGAACUCUGUAUAUUAUCAAUUCGCCAGCACGAAGCAAGGGUGACCGAACAAUUAAUCAAACAGAAACAAGCCUUUACAAAUGCAUUUGACAAUCAAAUGACUAUGUUAGACGACAAACUAAUGGAAAUAGACAGCACCUUAGCCUUUUCAGAGGAGAUUCUUCUUCGAAAUAACUUACCGGAAAUUUUAAACGUCAAAGCAGUACUCGAAGAUAAGCUUAGAGAAGUCUCUGUUUCCUUGGAACCUUUGGAAGCUUUUCCGAAGCUGGGUUACUCAGAGGUCAAGUACAUGCAAAAUGAUGUCUUUCUAAAAGACGCACCGGGAAAGUUAGUCACAAGCGACACUGAGCCUUUAUUAUCAGUUGCAGAAGGCAAGAAUCUCACAAAGGGAGUAGUUGGCACGGAUGGCAGUUUUACCGUUACUACAAAGAAUGCACAAGGCCAAACAAGUUACAGCACGAUAGAUGAAGUCAUUACAAAGAUUAAUUCAUUGUCGGGGCACGAGACACUGCGGACGGUUGUGACAGACUUAAAAGACGGCCGUUAUUCAGUUUCUUACAAACCAAAAACUCCUGGAAAGUUUACUGUGUCAGUCGAAGUACUAGGAAACCCGAUCAUGGGCAGUCCAUUUACUUUAGAAGUGAAAAAUCAACCAGAUAUCAGCGAGCAAGGUAACGUUCUUUUCUUCAAAAUCAAGGUUAUUCCAUUAAUCGACAUUAAGAAGUGGGAAAAGCAAUUUAACUUGUUUUGUUACAAAGGAAGGACGAGAAUCUUUACUUCUUCAGACAUAAACCCAGCGAUGACAUUUAUUUAAAGCACUUUACAUUUCAUCUAUAUUUAAUUCAUUUAUCAGACUCGCUGCUGUUAAACUAAAUGUGCGAAUUCUCAUGUCGUUUAGCAAGAACCUUUUCAAAAAUUCGGCUAGAUAAACAUUAUGUAUAAGGUUGUGCCCAACUUGGCUUGUCAAAAGGACUAUUAAUGUUAUCUUUCAUUUUCGUCUUCUUUUGUUUCUAGCAGACUUUGAGCUUGAGCCUAGGUUUCACGAAGUUAUUGUGAGAGCGCACAAGAAAGAACUAGAAGACAUCGAGAUUAAGUACCACGUUGAAAUACCCAGAAAACUGGAUGGAACAAGACUCCGACUAAAGUCUAAAGAUUCUUGUACCACCGAGGAUUACGAAGAAGCCUGCUGCCAAUUUAUCUCUCUGUUCCAAAACACGGUCCCACAAAUAAAAAUGCAGCGCUUUUCGCUCAAAACUGAGACAGAUAUAGUAAGUGCACGUCGGACAAUAAGUAAAAUGAGUAAACAUUUCCCAGUAUCAGUAGAAAUUGACAAGAAUCAGAAACAGCCGUGGUGCCUUUACGGAGAGGCAAACAAUAUUGAAGAGGCUCUCAGAUUCCUUGAGGAGGAAGGAGUUGAAAUAAACAGGGAAAGAGAAGACGAAAAAGGACGACACAAAAAAGCAAAAGACGUCGAAGAUCGUAUGGAAGUCGCCCCACCUGAGACCUCUAGACGGGGUAUAGAACAUAAAUAGUUUAAUAUUUCUGUGAUUAUUUUCCUGUCUGUAAACAAAUCGGAAAUUACCUCUUUCUUAUUUUUUUUCCCUCUAUUCGUUUCAAUGUAUAGAAGCUAAAUAUGGAGGAAAAUCUGUACUUAUAUUUUAUUGAACUUUUAAAUGGGUGCCAGCCUGUGUCAGAUGGUUAGAUCGUUAUAGCUUGUUUGUCGGGACGAGCAUUGUCUCUCAUUGGUACCGCCCUUAUUUUGCUUGCUUUCUUUCCUUUGGCCAAGAGUCUUCACUGAUUUUGUUGGUCAGUUUGAUGAAUAAUACAAGGUGGUGGGCGGAGGGGGAAGGGGAAACCUUACAAAGGUUUAUACUGCAAUGCAAACCUCUUCUUUUUUAUGACAAACAACAGAGAAUGGUACCCCCUUCAUAAUUCUAGAAGCGUUUCCGGUUGAUAGCUGAGCUACAAAUCGACAAAAUCAACAGAGAAAAAUUCAACACAUUUCUAUUUAUUAUUGACAAAAAAUUUAUAUACAAAUGAAAAGGUAGACGAGAGCAAAAAACUUGAGCCUUUACAAAAAGGUACAAAGAUUAAAGUAAACAGUGCAAAGCUACUUUGAAACUCUAGAAUCGGAUGGCCAUUUAUGUUUUAUCCAAUUCAUGAUUAUAGAUAAACAUUACGCAUCCAAGUGACUCAUUGUUCCUAUCCGGCUUAGCAGUUUUUUCGCUUCAGAAGUGAAAUUCAUAUUUAAUUGUGGUCUUAACUUUUAUUUUUCACAGAGGUCUGUCCUAUUUGUCUUCAUCAAAAAUCAAAGCCACGAAGUCUGAAGUGCAAGCACAGUUUUUGUUCAGAAUGCAUUCAAGUUGCUUUAAAAGCGUGUAACAGGUGCCCGGUAUGUCAACAGCCUCAAGGUAUCAUUCAAGGGAACCAGCCUCGUGGACAGAUGACAUUUCAUACUGAUCGUUACAGUGUUCCAGGCUAUGAAGGUAAAAUUCCAAACCGAGAAAACCAACUCUACGCACUUCUAUCGCUAUUACUACAUUUCUGUUCGGCGUGUACUUAAAAACAACAACAACAAGAAGAAGACCGCAUCUAAAGUUGCUAAAAUUGGCUCUGGACUUGGCAAAUGUAUGUCCUCGUGUAUUUAAUUAUAAUAUACGUGAUAUGCAUUGCCAAUGUAGGUACUGUUUCAAAUGUACCACAGGUGACCACAUAUGCUUCAGUUCUGCUGCUUAUUCUCAUUCGGUGUCAAUUUAUAUUCUAAUGUUGCCGUUAUAUGAAACUUUUGUAGGCUACGGCACAAUCGUCAUCAAUUAUCAGUUUCCUUCGGGAUUACAAGGUCCAGAACAUCCAAAUCCUGGUCGGUAUUAUGACGGCACUUCACGCACUGCUUAUCUUCCAGACAAUCGUGAAGGACGAGAGGUGCUUCAGCUUCUGAGGAGAGCGUUUGAUGCUCGAGUGGCGUUUACAAUCGGUACCUCAAAUACAACAGGGCUUUCAAAUCAAGUGAUAUGGAAUGAUAUUCAUCACAAGACCAAUAUAUCUGGGGGUCCUCGCGGGUAAGGAGACAAUCUGGAUAAGCAAUAUAUAGUAGUCCAUAGAUCGCCCAAUUUCAGGGAAUCCUGAUUCCGGAAUCCGGGAAAAUUUUGCUCAUGGAAUCCGGAAAUCUGGGUUUUGGAAUCCGGAAUACAGCUCAAGGAAUCCGGAAUCCCACUAACGAUUGGAUAUCCAGAAUCCAAUUCUACUGACAAAUACUGGAAUACAGUACCUGGAAUCCGGAAUCCUCAGAGGGGAAUCCGCAAUCCAAGACUGUCAUGGAUAUUACAAGGGCGACAUACAUGCUUUCCUGGUACGUCUCGUACUAGUCCCUCGUGGGCCAAUUUAGCCUCACGUCAAGCAGACUUGCAGACUUACACUAUAUACUACGAGUAUACUACUGCAAGGUUCUGUAACGCAAUAAAUGAAGUAAAGGUUUUGCAAAAUAAAUAUCGCGACUAUAGAAUCGAACCGUAAUUAAGGGAGUCUGUCUUUGAGGUUUACUACUGUGAUAAUAAUUAUAAUAAUACAGUUGUUUAUUUGUUUUGCAUUUACCUAGUGUCCAGUAUCCUUGUAUCCUUUUAUCUAUCUAUUCAUCCAUCCAUCCAUCACUCCCGCUCUCCUUCCUUUGAUUUAUCCGUCCAUCCAACCAUGGUUUGUACUGUCCUACUAUCUACCCGUUUCAUGUAACCUUUAUGGUCUAAUACUUUAUUACUAACAGAAAUUGCCUUAGCUUUAAGCAGUCCUCCUUAGUCCUCCAAGUUAACGUGAUUUUGUCUUUGUUUAAGGUUUGGCUAUCCCGAUCCAGACUAUUUUCAGAGGGUUAAAGAAGAAUUGGCUGCUAAAGGAAUCCAAUGA